AUGCCUUCUCUAGCAGCGCUGGCCGGCGCCUGCUUUACCGGCGCGGGCUGUGGAGCGGGGAUCGUCAAGCUGAACACGGCCACCGUCACGCCGAGCGCGCCGGCAGAGGAGGCACCAAAGGUCGCAGCGACUGCCGCGCCGAGUCCGAAAACAGACAAGACCGGCGGCAAGACGCGCAUUGCUCAGUGCAAUUGCGGGCAGCUUCACCUAACAGUCACCGGACCCGAUCCAGAGCGGAUCAGCUUGUGUCACUGCAACCUGUGCCAGAAGCAGUCGGGGAACAUCUUCGCAGUUCAGGCUCGCUUCCCCAAGGAGCAGGUGGUCAUUGAAGGGAAGUCGACACCCUGGAAGAUGUCAAAAGACGAAGCGGAUCAGCUAGGAUAUCCCAAUUGCGUCAGCCUAGGGGGUGGCGCCGCCUUCCACUUCUGCCCAGUUUGUGGCUCAACAGUCUGGUACACCGCCGACUCCGAUUCUGCACGAGUGGGCAUCAAGGUCGGCUGCUUCACGGACCCAACUUUCCCGCAGCCGAAGCUGUCAGGUUUUGAAUCCUACAUGCAUCCCUGGGCUUUGAACACUGCGGAGCUGCAGGUGCAACAUCUCAAGUAG